AUGGCUGAUCAGAGUCCUAACACCAGCUCACAGAGUACCACAGACCAUGGAUCUUCUCCAAACCUUACAUUGUUUUUGGUUGUUGGAAAUCAUCCAGGUAUGGCUCUUACAUCAGUCCAUCUGACUGACUCUAAUUAUCUUUCUUGGAGCAUUAAUAUAGAAACAACCCUAAUGGCAAAAUCUAAGGUGGGCUGCAUAGAUGAAACCCUCGUUAAACUUCCUGAAGGAACACCUGAAUUCAAUCAGUGGCGUGCAUGUGAUGCUAUGAUCAGAUCCUGGCUUCGCAACUCUAUCUCUGCCAACCUGCAAGAAGGCUUCGUUUAUGUUAAUUCUACUAGGGAGUUAUGGCUUCGGGCCAAAGAGAAAUUUGGCCAGGCCAAUGGAGUAUUAAUCUACCAGUUGAAAGCUCAAAUAGGUGAUCUCAAACAGGGAAGUGAUAUGCUGACAACAUAUUACACCAAAUUGGAGAAAUUGGUUGAUGAGCUUCGCAUAAUUGAACCUGGAGCUAAAUGUAAGUGCGACAAGUGUAGACAUGAAAUUGACAAAGUGUUAGCAAGAAUUUACGAGAGGGAUUACCUCGUUCAAUUCUUGACCGGCCUCAAUAAAAUCUAUCAGCCCAUCAAGAACCAGAUCCUGAUGAUGGAUCCUCUUCCAACAGUCAACAAGGCAUUUGCUAUGUUACUCCAAGUUGAGAAGCAAAACACUCAUAUUGUUCCUGUGGAUCUUAAGGCCUUUAAUGUUGUCUAUUAA